CACCCACCUGGUCACCACCAACUCCACACUCUUUCCACAAAGUUGAUUCAUUUAUUCAAUUCCACAAAGAAAGUUCGAGUCUUUUAGCUUUUUAAUUGCAUCAACUUGAAGCAAUGGAGGCAACGAAAAUGAACGUACUUGUGGUGCUAAUGGCGGCUCUGAUGAUGGUAGCGGCCUUCUCUUCAGUGCAAGCUGCUGAUGCUCCUGCACCAAGUCCAACUUCUGAUGCUGCUGUUUUUGUGCCAACUUUCUUUGUCUCUUUGAUGGCUUUGGCAUUUGGGUUCUUCUUUUGAGCCAUUUUGAGCUAGCUUUUUUUUUUCCUUCCAGAGGAGGAACCAUGUAGACAGUCCAUUGUUUAUGUUCUUAUGGGGUUUUUCUCAUUUGUUUGUUCUUGUUUCUCUUCUCUGCUCUUGGGUGGUUGUUGAAUGAGUACACAGGAAAGUGAGAAAAGAGAGAGGACAUGGUUGUUGAGAUUUUUAUCUUUUAUUGUAUUAUUUAUUUUUCUUUUGAGAGAUAUAGUUUAAUAUGUACUGUUAACGUGGCUGUGCUUGAUUGUAUUAUAUAUGACUUAAUAUAUGAAUGUAUGUAUUGAAUUUGUGUUA